AUGGGUGUCUUGAUUCUAAUCGCAUUAAUCUUCGUACUAUUUCUUCUAUGGCUUUAUUGGCAGCAAACGUACUUUAAACGUCACAAUAUUCCAUAUGUACAGACAAACGUUCUUCUUGGAGGCUUGAGUGAUGCACUUUUGAAAAAAUGUGGAUUCUUUGAGAAUGUAUUGCGAUUGUACACGCGACCGGAAGUGAAAGAUGUUCCAUUUUUUGGAUUUUAUAUUUUUCAACGACCUGCAUUGGUGAUUAAAGAUCCAGAGUUGAUUAAGAGAAUUAUGAUAAAGGAUUUUAAUAGCUUUAGUAAUCGUGUGACUGCUUCAUAUGAUGCUGAUCCAUUGGGAAAAUACAAUUUAAUCUUCCUGAAAAAUCCACUCUGGAAGAAUCUACGUGAGAAAGUAACGCCAUUUUUCUCGAGCGGAAAGCUGAAGAAAAUAUUUUAUAUAAUGGAUACAUUGAGUACAGAUUUAAUAAACUUCAUUGAUAAAAAGAUUCCAGAAAAAAGUGAUAAAAUUGAAAUGAAUGUGCGAGAAGUGGCAGCAAUGUACACAACGGAUGUUAUUGCAUCAGCUGCAUACGGAUUAAAAGCAAAUACAUUGGAGAAUCCUGAUAGUGGUUUCAGGCAAGUUGGUAAGAGACUCUACACGUUCAGCUUUAUUAGUGGAUUGGGAAGAUUCUUGCAAACAACACGACCCGAAAUUGUCCCGUUUCUUGGCUACAAGCGAUUCGACGACGAAAGUUCUGAUUUCAUUCGAACAAAUGUUAAGCAUGUUAUGGAGGAGAGACAGAAGACUGGAGAAGUUCGACACGACUUGAUUGACAUUUUAAAUGAAUUGAAGAAAAUGGACAUUCGUGAUGUUGAUGGUAAACCUAUACAUGAUGAUGUGCUCUAUGCUCAAGCUGCUGUCUUCUUUAUUGCUGGCUUUGAAACCUCAAGCUCAUCAUCAUCAUUUGCAAUCUACGAGCUAGUCAGAAAUCCUCACAUUCAGGAUCGAGUUCGUGAUGAAAUUAAAGACAUGCUUAAAAAUCACAACGGCGAAGUCACUUACGAUGGCGUCAUGAAUGAAACACCAUAUCUAUAUCAAGUGCUACUUGAAGCUAUUCGAUUAUAUCCAGUUGUUCCGUGGAUUGAUCGUGAAUGUACAGAUCCAAAUGGAUAUUCACUUGAGCCUUAUUCUAAUUUUAGGAUUCCAUACAAAAUGCAGUUGUACAUGCCAGCAUUUCCACUUCAUCGUGAUGAGAAAUUUUAUCCAGAUCCAAUGAAAUUCGAUCCUGAUCGAUUUAGUCCGGAGAAUAAGCAGAAUUUGCCGCAGUGCUCGUUUAUUGGUGAGUUUUAUCCAUUGUUUGGGACGCUCCUUAACAACUUUUAUUGGUUCUAUUUCCAGGCUUUGGAGCUGGCAACAGAAUCUGCAUCGGUGAAAGAUUUGCUUACGUUCAAAUGAAGACAAUGCUGGUUAAGAUUUUAAGAGAUUAUCGACUUGAGGCAUCACCAUCGACACCUUCUGAAAUUAACGUAAGCUCAAAAGCUGCAAUUAUACAACCUGAUAAGCCAUUGCUCGUCAAUUUUGUUAGAGAUAAGUUAAUUUAAAUUAAUUUUUGGGGGGAUUGAGUUAGGAGCCAGCCGUUGAUUAAGCAAAGUGUUGAUUAAGCUGUGAGAAUUGACAAUUUCAAGCUAAUUUCUAUUUUGUUAAAUCUCUAAAUUUGUAAAGGGGCCGUUUACUUAUAACGUCCAGAGGGGAAGGGGGGGGGGGGUCAGCAAGAAAAGAGCAAUAGAAGUUCCUGGAAAUCAAUUGUUCUUUUUUGAAAAAUUACUGUUAAUUUCGGACGUCAUUAGUCAACGAUUCCUUAUAAGAAGUUUGUAGAAAUUUUUGUGAAUUUUGAUUUAAAAAACUUUUUGAUUAAGGUUAAUAAAUAGGUUUAAUGUCAAAACAAUGAGUUAAAAACGUAUAAUAAAUGUUAA